AUGAAGGGCAAUUUUAAACUUGGGCUCCCUUUGGGAUACGCCCAAGUAAAAAACAAAGUUUGUGUUGUUAACUUGCUUGCUGCCAUUUUUGGCGACCGAGGGAUCAAGGGUCUUAGAGACUUCUGCCUUCUUCUGCCGCGCGCUCCUAUAAUUAAAAAUGAGUUAUGGCAGAAAAACGGUGAAGUAAAAAAGUCCUGUACAUUGCCCAGACACAGCUGUUUUUCACCCAUUCAGCGACAAAUCAAAUCAGUAAUCAGACUGAAUUAAUUGCUAAUGCAUCAAAUUCAUGGGAAGUUAGUAAAUCGAAUUAUUGUUCUUGAUCGUCAUAAUAAGAUGGAUCUUAGCAAUUAGUGACGUCAUUAAUGACUGUAGCGGAGCCGCAUUGUGGCACAGCAGAAACAAAAAAUGUAGGCUGCAUCAACUACAGCCCUUAGAUGGAUUCCGUCCACAGUCUAAGGAAUGAUCAGUCUUUUCUUUCUUUUCACGAAGGAUUCGUCGAAUUAGAGGAACUCACCAGUUGCGGUAACGAACUAGUUUGGAAAGAACGAGCACGAUGGAUUAAACUCGAAGAAGAUGUUGAAGAAUGUGCGGAUCGAUGGGGGAAACCUCACAUUCCCUGUCUUACGUAUCGAAGCUUAAGAGAAGUUGAAACAAAUCUUCAAAACGGCGCUAUUCUGUUAGACCUUCCAAGAGGAAGUUUACCUUCUAUUUCAGAAGCAGUAGUUGACGAAAUCAAAGUACUGAAAAAUCUUGGAAACGAGGAAUGUCGCACAAUAAAAGCCGCUUUGUUGGCAAGACAUGAACAUCAAUAUCAGCAAAAAGGAGGAAAGCAUCGAAAAAUUAUUGCCAGGCGUCUUUCAAGAAUCAUGCCUCAAGGAAAACGUCUCGUACAGCCGGCGAAUACCCAUCAGGGUUGUUCACAAAGUGUUCAAGAAAAUGAUCCCAGAAGUUUGCCCAAGGUUAGUUUUAAAAGCAAACCACUUUUGUUGCCCCCUCUCCAAAGAGGUGUUGACUCAAGUGAACAAAUAGAAGAUUUUACAGUGGCUGUCAACCAUGAUCAUUCUACAGACGAGAACUUGGAUCUCUUUGAGAAUCACAAGGAGACGUCAGAAAUACAAGAAAAAAUUCCGGAAAAUGCUCAAGCCACCACAGUUUUAGUUGGAGCUCAUAGUGGUUUGUCCUGCGUAAUUAGCGCAUUUGUCAGGCUGGCUGGUGGCUGUGAUCUGGAUAACUUUGCUGAAGUGAAAAUACCAGUGCGAUUCAUAUUUGUUCUAUUGGGGCCUGAAGAUGAUAGAGUAGACUAUCAUGAAGUCGGGCGUUCACUUUCAACACUAAUGUCUGAUAAAAUUUUUCUGGAAUUUGCUUAUCAAGCGAAGAAUCGACAGGACUUACUGGAAGCCCUUGUCAGCUUUAUGGGUGACAGUCUUAUUAUCCCUCCUGGAGAAUGGGAUCGAAAUCUGCUGAAUCAAACAGUGCCAAUCCUAGCCAAUCAGGCAAAAGAAUUAUCGUCUAGAAGACGACGAGGUGGAAUCAGAAGUAGAGAUGUAGAAAAGGAAACAUUUCGUGAGGUGAUUCAAGAAAACGAAACCUUUGAUGAUCCUCUUUCAAGGACAGGCAGGUUUUGUGGUGGACUUGUACGUGAUAUCAAGAGGAGGUUUCCUCUCUACCUUAGCGAUUUUAAAGAUGCCUUAGACGUCCAUUGUUUACCAGCAAUAAUCUUUGUAUACUUCGCUUGCCUCGCUCCAGCCAUCACUUUCGGGGGUUUGCUGAGCGAGAAAACCAACGCGUGGAUGGGAGUUUCAGAGAUGAUUCUGGCAACAGCAUUAUCUGGAAUUCUGUUUUCGUUGUUUGCAGGACAACCACUCAUCAUAAUAGGGGCUACAGGUCCACUACUCGUGUUUGAGAAGAGUACAUUUCAACUAAGUGAGAGUUUUGGAAUUGAGUUUCUUCCUUGGCGAGCAUGGGUUGGAAUAUGGGUCAUGGUUAUAUGCUUUAUUAUCGUUGCACUUGAGGGGUGCUUUCUGAUCAAAUACUUUACGCGUUUUACAGAAGAAAUAUUUGCUCUAAUGAUAUCCAUUAUUUUUCUAUAUGACGCGUUUUACUACGUGGGACAUGUUUUUAAAUUGUACCCCUUAAGUGAUGGUGCCACGAGAAAUAUGUUGACUCCCUCGAAUUUCACUGAUAAUGGAGAGGUUAAUUACACUAAAAGUCACUCAACAGCCAACACAGCCCUCCUUUCCACUGUCUUAAUGAUUGGAACAUUUUUUGUCGCUCAUUCUUUGAGGAAGUUGCGUCACAGUCAUUUCUUUGGACCGAGGGCUCGACGCAUUGUCAGUGAUUUUGGGGUGUUUAUUGCCAUUGUUGCCAUGGUGACAGUUGACUGGUUGACAGAGGGCGUGUACACUCAGAAGUUGUCAGUUCCUGAUGGCUUAUCCGUUACCUCACCCAACAGAGAAAGCUGGCUUAUCAAUCCGAUGGGAGUUACACAACCCAUGUCUGCUGGUGCCAUCUUUGCAGCCCUUAUUCCAGCAAUUCUUGUAAGCAUCUUAAUUUUCAUGGAGAUUGAAUUCACUGGGAUUAUUCUGGACAAAAAAGAUCAUAAAUUGAAGAAAGGCGUGGGCUACAACUUGGAUCUCUUUGUUUUGGGACUGUUGGUAGGUCUGUGCUCAAUUCUGGGUCUGCCUUGGAUGUGUGCUACUCCUGUUCACACUCUGUCUAACUUCCACGCCUUGACAGUGAUAAGUACAAACCACGCCCCUGGGGAACAUGCUCAUCUGAUUGGAGUAAAAGAGCAACGGCUCACCAACAUUGUGAUCCACCUUCUGAUCGGCUUCACGGUUUUUCUAUCGCCAGUAAUGCGUCUCAUACCCAUCGCUGUACUGUUUGGAGUGUUUCUUUUCCUUGGAGUGGCAUCGUUGUCACACAUUCAGUUGGUUGAACGAGUAAAGCUUCUUUUCAUUCCUUCUGCUCACCACCCAGAUGAAAGAUUUGUUAUGAAUGUUAAAACGAGCAAGAUGCAUCUGUUUACUAUUGUCCAAGUAUGCUGUGUAUGUGCGCUUAUUGCCAUGAAACUUACCGUUGUCGCUCCAGCUUUUCCGUUCUUUAUCAUCUGCAUGAUUCCGCUCCGUAAACUUUUAGAAAGGUUUUUCUCAAGUGAAGAGCUGGAGGCUUUAGACACUGAAGUAGAGGAUGUGUAUGACAGUGAUAUGGAUGAAUAUGAUUCAAUUCACGUUCCUAUCUAAGUAAGAUCAAUAUUUAGAAAUCUUUUGAUCAAUUAUAAACUUUAACUCACAGGAUAGGAGUCAUAUUAGAUGAAGAUGAAAGAUUAUAGUCUAUACAAACAUGACUGAAGCACUAAACAAUGUCGGCGGAGUUGAAAUACCUUUUCUAAAAUCAUCUUUCUUAAUGCCCAGUUGCGUUGCCUUUCCAUGGCUGAACACUUUUCUAGGGUCCUCUCCUAAAACGUGUGGGAGAAAUGAACCAAGCUUUUCAACUGGACUAUAUCUAACGUUUAAGCACUUAAAAAAAGUAUUACAAACCUAAUAAAUAAAAUGUUAAACCGCUAAACAACAGUGUACUAAACAUAAUUUAGUGUAUGUUAUAAAGUUUUGUACGCAUUUUCACGACCUGAUUGUUGCUUUGUAGCCCAUCCUCGCUGACUUUACAUGAAAAAACGUUGGUCGACAAAUAGACUUCCCCGCCUCACAUAGCUAACUAUUCACAGCAGUCCCUUUCAUGCUCGUAUAAGAUUUGGAGAAAAUGGCGACCGCGGAAGGUCAAACGAAAUGUGCAAACACACAACACCCACCAAAACAAACGCCAUAACUUAAGACAAACCGAACCUCCAAGACUCAAGUUCAUUAAAGAACCAAAACCAAUUUAAUACAAAACUCAAAAGGCCCUUAUACAUUUACAUACUCCAAGGUAUUCAAUAUCAACACAACAGUAAGGAAAAAGAAAAUUAAAUGAAGGGGAACUAAUAAAACAAUACCAUGAGUACGAACCGAGGAUAAGGAAUGCUAUAAACUGCCAUCUCUUGGGAGAACAUACAGGAACAAUGAAAUAAUAAAAUAUAAAACAAAAGGGCAAGGAAGAGAAAAACAAAAAUACAAAGAAACCACCCAAGGGAUGGUAGCCUGAGCACCAGUGAUCCGGCUAGGGCAUUAGACACCCUUUAAGGCUACUAAAG